UUGAAUAAAAGGUUUAAAGGCUAGUAGCUGUUCUGUUUAGCUGCACUAUUGAACUGGUGCAGUAAGUUAAAGUGAGACAAAUAUAGGUUUCCUCACUCUAGCUUAUUGCACCAGUUCAGCAGUGCAGCUAUUGCCGUACGGAACAGUGUAGUAUAUAAAUCACGUGCCGUACGGAACAGUGUAGUAUAUAAAAAAUGAGAUACGCACAGUUAAUAAUGGGACCAGCCGGUAGUGGCAAGUCCACAUAUUGCUCUGUUAUGCAAGAGCAUGCUGCUAACUCUAGGAGGCCAGUAUCUGUUAUAAAUUUGGAUCCUGCAGCGGAAUAUUUUGACUACGAACCUGCAGAGGAUAUAAGAGAAUUAAUUCAUGUGGAUGAUCCCAUGGAAGAUGAUGAACUUCGAUUUGGGCCUAAUGGUAGCCUUGUAUUCUGCAUGGAAUAUUUGGUUGAAAGUAAAUGGUUGGAAGAGAAAUUAGAUGAAAGACAGGAUGAUUAUAUAAUAUUUGAUUGCCCAGGACAAAUUGAAUUAUAUACACACAUGAUUGUAAUGCGUCAAUUGAUAACUAUUCUACAGAAUUUUGAUUUUCAAGUAUGUGCGGUAUUUUUAAUCGACAGCCAAUUUAUGGUGGAUGGGCCGAAGUUUCUGUCAGGCACAAUGGCUGCUCUUAGUGUAAUGAUAAAUCUAGAGCUUCCACAUGUUAAUAUUCUUAGUAAGAUAGACUUGUUGUCAAAGAGUGCGCGGAAACAAUUAGAUAUGUACUUAGAUCCUGAUCCAGUGGCAUUAUUAGGAGACGUGGAAAGUGAUCCCAUAAAUGAAAAAUAUCAUAAACUUACAGAAGCUCUUGGUAGACUCAUAGAAGAUUAUAGCUUGGUGCGUUUUUUGCCGCUAAAUAUCAAGGAUGAAACUAGUAUCACAGACAUUAAGAUAACUAUUGAUAAUGUAUUACAAUAUGGUGAAGAUACAGAAGUUAAAGUUAGAGACUUUGAUGAGCCAUGUGUAGAUGAUAAUGAUUAACAUAGACUUGAUAAUAUAGAUUAUAUAUCUAAUAUGUGACCAUGCUUCUCUUAAUAAAAUUAUUUUUCUUUUCUUA